AUGGAGGCAAAAAAAUGCAUGGAGGAGAUCCAGACCGAAAUUGACAGAGAUGGGAUAAGCGACUCAAUUUAUGCCAAAGAAGCUGAUGCAAAGACCAGAUACCUGAAGGCCAUGCAAAAUUAUGAGAAAUUGUGGGCUGAAAAAUCUCGUUCUAGAUGGAGGGAUCAAGGAGAUAGAUGCUCAAAACUUUUUCACAUCUCAGUGAAGAUGCGGCGAAUGAAGAACUCCAUUAAAUCUCUGAAGAUGGAUGAUGGGACCCUGCCCUCUGAUAAAGCGCAGAUCAAGGAAUACGUCUCGGGAUAUUAUGAGCAUUUUCACAAAGGUGCUCCCCUGACCACUCACAUAGAUUUAUUACAAUGCAUUCCAAAUGUUUUGGAAGAAUGGGAUAGAGGUCGAUUAGAUGGUAUUCCAUCUGACACUGAGAUCAAGGGUACGGUGUGGGAUCUUGAUCCAGAUAGUGCUCCUGGUCUAGAUGGAUUUCCUGGAGCUUUUUAUAAAUCAUGUUGGGACAUCAUAUCUUCAGAUGUGUGUAAGGCUAUCAGAUGGUUUUUCAGAACCGAUUUCAUGCCUUGCAAAAUUAAUAAUAAUUUCCUGGUCUUGAUUCCUAAAAUUGAAGGAGCACUAUCCCUGGACAAAUUCAGGCCGUUGUGCAUGGGAAUUUUUUUUUGCAAAAUAAUAUCAAAGGUUCUGGCUAUGCGAUUAUCGUGUGUUCUUCCAAAAAUUAUUUCUGAGGAGGGGGCUUUCCAGAAAGGGAAGAUCAUUCAUUCCAACAUAUCUCUGGCCUCCGAGCUGGCCAACAUGAUGUUUGCAUCCACAAGAGGAGGAGGUAUGGGUUUAAAAAUUGAUAUCCCGAAGGCGUUCGACACCAUCUCUUGGAAUUUUAUUUUCCAUGUUCUGAGGAGAUUUGGCUUCUCUGAAAAAUGGAUCUCUUGGAUCCAUCAGAUCCUUACUUUUGCUAGAAUAUUAGUUCUGCUAAAUGGUGGCCCUGUUGGAUACUUUGGUGUGGAGAAGGGUCUGAGACAAGGAGAUCCGAUCUCGCCGAUGCUGUUUAUAAUUGCUGAAGAGGUUCUUUGUAGAGGCUUAUCUGAGCUCCUAGCCAAUAACAACAUUAAAGCUCUAUCGGGUCCCCGUGGUGCUACUAUCCCUACACAUAUUCUAUUUUCCGAUGACGUAUUUAUCUUCUCGAAUGCAUCCAUCAGGAAGCUUGGUAUGCAGACUCAGCGUGCUCCCCCUCAAUCGAUCUUAGAGAUUUUCUGGUGCAGGCCCGAGGUAAAUUGGAUUAAAUUGAAUUUUGACGAAAGCUCAAGGGGGAACCCAGGUCGCGUAGGUGCAGGAGGGAUUUUUCGUGAUCACAAGGGAGGCGUCCUUGAAUCUUAUAAAAUUUUUAUGGGAGUCUCGGAAGUCUUCGAAGAUGAAGUCGAAGGCCUUAUGGUGGGGCUGAUGCGAGCUCGGGAGCUGGGCAUUACAUGUCUGUGGGUAGAGACGGAUUCUAGUGCUGUUGCAAUCUCUAUCCAACAAAAGAAAAUUCCAUGGUUUGCAUUGCAGAGAUGGAUCUUCCUGUAA